AUGGAGGGCUCCUUUGCAAACCCAGCGGCAAUUAUCCGUAAGGCCUACAAGGCUUUGGAGCCUGGUGGCUGGUUCGAGGCCGGAGGCUUCGUGUUGCCAUUGGGCUGCGAUGAUGGUACUCUUGUCGAGGGUUCGCCCUUGCGCCAGUGGCAGGAGCUCAUGGUUGAGGCUGGAAACAAGAUUGGCCGCUCCAUCGAGAGUCCCGCAAAGUACACCAAGGCUAUGGAAGAUGCUGGCUUCGUUGAUAUCACUGUCAAGAAAUACAUUUGGCCUCUAAAUUCGUGGCCCAAGGAUCAGAAACUCAAGGAAAUUGGGAAAUGGCAUAAUGUCAAUCUCAACUUGGGCCUCGAGGCACUGUCACUGGCUCUUUUCACGCGUGCUUUAGACUGGACGCAAGAAGAGGUUCUGGCUCUCUGCGCAGGAGUACGGAACGAUCUGAAGAACAAGAACACGCAUGCGUACUGGAAUGUACAAGUAACCUACGCUAGAAGGCCGGAGACAGCCACCGACGAAGAUGCGGACAGCACGCCAGCCAUCCUGUGA